AUGGAAGAACUAUGCGCACUCCUCGUGCAAGAGACGUGUGGCCAACGGGCGAAGAAAAUUUUUUCCACUCUGGCGACCAAGGGCCGUUUGUCCCACAUCCAGCUUCAACAGCACACGCGCAUACCAGCCCGCCAGAUGCGCCACGCCCUCACCGUCCUGAUCCAGCAGCAUCUCAUCCGCCACCACACCGCCGACGACGAGCUCACCUUCUACCAAGUCGACUGGCGCAACACCUACUAUCUUCUCCGAUCCAAUCGCAUCAUCACACUCGUCGACGACCGACAUGGCGAAGGUGCGGGCAAGAUCAUCUCCAACCUGCUACAGCUCGGUCAUGCUCGGAUAGGAGAUCUCGCACAGGCAUUCGAUCUGGAGCCCUCGAAACGUGACAGUGGAAUAGAACGCUGCGCUGAGCACAUGAAUGGUGAGGUCAAGGUCAAUGGCGUGGAUAACAGUCACAAGGUGCAGCAUGGCAAGAUCACCACCGUUCCCCAGUUCCACGGCACUAUUCGCAGGUUGCUGAAAGCAGGCUUCCUGAUCAAAUUCAGCCCACGCAUGUACAAGCCAUCCGCAGAUCUGCAAACAGAGGCCGAAGAGUCGGUCAUUAGCGACUCGUUCCCAGACCGCAAGAUCACAGGUUCGAAGAAAAAGAACGAGUUCGAGACAGCCGUCCGAGUGCUCAAGCGAAAGUGGCGUGAUGCCGACGACUAUAACGAGUAUCGAGAUGUUGACUCGAGGGGCAUCAUACACCGUCCAGGAGAGCCAGUCAAGCGCGUUAGACUCAACGGCGGCAUGACGAACGGCGGCCACUACAGCCACGGCGAUGACGACCUCGACGACGACAACGCUCCAAGGCUUCCGAACGAGAUGAUAUUGAAAGUGAACUACGCUCAAUGUAUUGCAGCUCUGCGCAGCGAUCGCCUGUCGCACUUGGCUGAGCCGUACCUUGGCCCUGUCACUGCCAACGUCUAUGGCGCGCUUCUGCAAGCACUUGAGACCAAGGUCCGUGCCAAAGACGAUGCAGAGCGAUCGAAGAAAGACGAUGAUGAUGAAGACGAAGAGUCCGACCUUCCUGUUGCCACCACGGCAGAAGUGGCCGACUUACUCGAUCCAAGCCUUGACCUGAACCUAGGCAUCCACUCGGACAUUCAAAAGGUCGACAGCAAAGACAAGAAGAAGAGGAAACUUGUCGACAACGAGUUCGCCGACAUUGGCAUCAAGCAGGAGAUCGGUUCCGAGUCAGAAGACGACGACUAUCAAGUCAACGGCCACGUAUCGUAUGAGAAGCGCACGAAACGCUUACAUCUCAUCGAGGAUCAUCUCAGGCUCCUCGAAGAACAUCCCAAGACGUUCUGCAGGCGCGUUGGCGGAGGCGGAGGCGGCGAGUGGAAAGUUCACUUUCCGUCUCUCACUGACACGCUCAUUCAAGCGGAUAUCGACUCCACCGUGUCUGCGCGAUACGGCAAGAUCUCUGUAAGAAUUCUUCGACUGCUCCGAGAACGUGGCCGGUUGGAAGGGAAGCAGAUUGCAAAUCUUGUCAUGAUGCGCACCAAGGACGUACAAGCGGUCCUCACCAUUCUACAGUACGCUGGAUUCGUCGAGUCACAGGAGAUCCCCAAAGAUGGGUCACGGCAACCAUCGCGAGCUGUAUACCUGUAUUUCCACGAGCAGUCUCGAGUACAAAGCUUGAUGCUGCAGCAGACUUACCAGAGCAUGUCUCGAACCCUGCAACGUCUUGGGCGCGAACGAGAGACUUACCGCAGCAUUAUCGAGAAGGCUCAGACGGUUGCUAUGAAAGAUUUGCCACAACCAGAUCGCAAGGCUUUGGCCGAAUGGCGAGAGCUCGAAGAGCGAUUAUGGCUUGGAGUUCAGCGCAUGGACGAGCUCGUGGCGCUUUUCCGGGACUUUUCAGGUCGAGAUGUUUCUUUGGUGUCAUGA